CGCAUAUAUGAUACGGGUUCAGAGAUAUCUAUAAUUUAAAAUUUUAAAAUACGAGUACAACAAUAUAUUAUAUAUUUACAUUUCAUAUAAAAUUAUAUAAUUUUUAAAAAUAAAUAUCUUUUGAAGUAUUCGAAUGAAGUAAAAAGAUUAUCUAUGUGGGCACGUCAAAUAUAAACCAAUUUGUAGCACAAUACCUACUUUACCCCUCCAUUGGAUAUCCCAUUCUUUCUCUUUUCAAUUUUAGUAUUGUUUUUUUUUUUUUCUUGCCCCAAUUUACUUGUCCUUAGCAGAAGAAACAAACCCUAGAUUAAACUGAAAAUCAGAAGUAAUUUUUAAGAUAAUCAGCGAUCAAAUCCACCUAAUUGAGAUAGCUCUGGUUCUUAAUUUCAUCUUAAUUUUCGGUAAAGGCACUUGGUUUCAUCAAGAGAUGCUGAAAGUAGCUUGAAUCUAAAACAAAUAAAAAAUGUUACAGUUUUCAUUAUACAGGGGCGCUCGAUUUAUGUCGGCUUUUACGAUCCCGAUUUAGCCCAAGUAUUUUUCGCUAAUUGUUUUUUUCUUUACCAUUACAGGCUUUUUAGUAUUUGCUCAAAAAGUGAUUCCUCAUGAGAUUCAAAAUAGGGGAUAAAGUGGAGAUUUUGAAAAAUAAGGAGGGGCUGAUUUCGUGGCUUACCGGGAAGAUAAUAUCUGUCAUUGGCCAUAAUUAUCUCGUUCAGCACGAUUCAAGUCCCGACUUGUCGAGUAACCGAACUGUGGAGAUGGUUUCGAGGAAGUUUGUAAGGCCACAGCCUCCUCUGGUUAAAGGUGUUGAGAGUGAGAGUUAUCUUGCUGGUGACUUUGUUGAGGUGUUUUAUCAGUAUUCAUGGAAGGUUGGCAUAAUUUUGGAUGUUUUGGGUGGCCAAAGUGAAAUUAAAAGAAAUAAGAAAAGUCGGCACGUGCAAUAUCUAGUUAGGGUAUUUGAGUGCUCGGAGGAUUUAGUUAUCGACAGCUCGGAUAUCAGGAAAAAACGAACGCAUGAUGACAAGUGGGUUCAAAUAGGAAAGAAUUCCCGAUCAGGCGAUGACAUCAGCAAUCGACCCAAAAGGCACCCUAUGAAUCCACCCGUGGGCCCCACGAGGUCCUUGAAGAGGGCACCCGACCACACUUCCUCGAUUUUCGACGGGUCCGCUCGAAAAAUACGAGCGAUCGAGAAAGAAGGCCAAAAGCAGCAAGGGAAAGCGGAGAAAAAAAACGUGCGUGCUCGUUCCUCGUUCAAAGGCCCCGACUUUAGUACUUACACCGAUUCUUGUUCGGUGGGCAGUUGUAGUGUCAUCUCAAACAGUUACAAAAACUCGCACGGUAAUUUCCUCCUAUCCACGAGUAGUGAUGCCGAGUCAUUUUAUGGCCCGGGCAAAAUCUUCCUUUAUCAUAAUCAACCGCCGGAAAAGGAUUUAGAGGUUAGAGUACGUGAGUUGGAAUUGCAGGCUUAUCGUAGCACGUUGGGAGCUUUGUAUGCCUCUGGUCCCUUGAGUUGGGAGCAAGAGGCCAUGUUGACUAAUCUUCGUAUUGUGCUUCACAUUUCGAACGACGAGCAUUUGAAGGAGCUGAAGCAACUAAUUUCCAGUGAUAUUUCUGUUAGUGUUAGAUAGGGUUGUCAGAAUAAGCAUUAUCAUGUAAGAAGUGAGAAUAAGUGUUUAGAUUUUGUAAUCUUAUGUUAUCUUGGUUUGAGAAUCUUGAUCUGGGCAGACGCCUGGUUUGUGUUUUGUAAGUGAGGAUGUGUGUUGAAAGUUUGUGCUCGUUAACAAAAUGCGAGCCAUAUUUUUCGACCAGUUUAGCUUCUUUUUUAUAAGAAUUUACACAUUACAUUAAAAUUUUAGCAGGACUUGUGUAAUGUGUUGAGCAUACUUUUGAUUUUUUAAUUUGAUGAACUAUAAAGGUUGUUUAGCA